AUGAACAAUAGUGUAUAUGGCAAAACAAAUAAUUUUAUCAUAAGAAUCUCUCUCUGUGCCUUACUGCUACACCAAGAGGUAAAAGCCCAAACAGGUCCUAUUGCUGGCUUUAUAAGAACAAACCUCAUUGGUCAUCCAGUGAUACACGACAAGGCUUCUUGGGUGUUCGACCCUGAUGUGGCCAUUAAAAGACGAAGACAAUUCAUUUCUUUGCAUGGAGAUAAAGGAGAGAAGCUGAUAGAAAGGCUAGGUUUGGGAAUUGAUGGGAGGGAUGAAGAGAGGCUAGAAGAACAGAGAAAGAGGGAUGAGGGCCAUUUAGGUGGUCUGAACUUCUAUUUACCUUAG